AAGCUUCAGGACGGAAGUGUGAAGUGAAGAUGGCUGAAAAGUCUUCAGAGGAGCCGGGAAAGACACUCACAGCCUUGGAGCGCGAGCUUGGAGUGGCUGCCUGACUCUUCUGGGGUUCUGAGUUCUGUAAUUAGUGCUUGCUCCUGGUUAUUUCAGGUUGAAGAUUUGAAGAAUGAGUGAUCAGGACCCACCCACACUCCUGCAGCUGGCAGUGCAGAGCCUGCUGAGGGAUGAAGCCCUGUCCAUCUCUGCUCUGAAGUGUCUGCCCAGGGUGCUGUUCCCACCACUGUUCAAGGAAGCCUUCAACCACGGACAAAGUAACAUCCUGAGGGCUAUGGUAGCAGUAUGGCCCUUCACUUUCCUUCCCGUGGGGACCCUGAUGAAGACUUCCCACCUGGAGACCCUGCAGGCUGUCCUGGAUGGAGUAGACAUGCUACGAACACAGAAGGUGUUCCCCAGGAAGGGGAAGCUCCAGGUGCUCGACCUGAGGAAUGUGCAGCACAACUUCUGGGAUGUUUGGACUGGCACAGAGGAUGGAGAGUGCUCAGCAGAGGCUGUGUGUGAGAAGCGAGUAGUGAACCGCUCUCCUAGAUACGCCCUGAGGCGGCGUCUGAAGGUGGUCGCAGACCUUUGCCUCAGGUUCCAUCUGAAUGAACACCAAACGUACUUGUUACAGUGGGCCCAGCAGAGAAAAAGUUUCAUACGGCUGUGCUGUGUGAAGAUGCAGAUCUGGGCAUUGCCUGUGUACACUGUCAGGAAAGUCCUGAUGGUUUUCCAGCCUGACAGCAUCCAGGAGUUGGAACUGAAUACGGGUUGGAGUUUGUCCACUCUGGUGCAUUUUGUAUCUUACCUGGACCAGAUGAGAAAUCUUCAGAAACUCCUUUUAACACGGAUCCACAAGAACACCUUCAAGGUUCUAAAUACCCCUGCAGACAUACAAAAGUGUAUCACUAAGUUUGUUUCUCAGUUCUCCAAACUCAACUGUCUGCAGCAUCUCUCCAUGAAUGGCGUCUACUUUUCCAGUGAGCACAUGAAACAGUUGUUCAGGUACCUGAAGACCCCUUUGGAGACCCUGUCCAUCACUGUGUGCAAACUUUCGCAGUUAGACUUGAAUUCCUUGUCCCAGAGUCAGAGUCUCCAUCAGCUGAAACACCUGAAUCUGAGGCUUGUGAAGUUAAUUGACCUAUAUCCUAUGCCUUUCCGUGAUCUCCUAAACAGUGUUGCGGGCACUCUGCAGACCCUAGAGUUGGAGGGCUGCUGGAUGGUGGACUCCCAGCUCAUUACCCUCCUGCCUGCCCUGAGCCAGUGCUCCCAACUCACUAGGGUCAAUUUCUAUGACAAUGACAUCUCCAUGGCUGUCCUGAAGGACCUUCUGUAUCACACAGCCAGCCUCCACCAGCUGAUCCAAGAGCUGUACCCUGCCCCUCUAGAAUGCUAUGAUGACAGGGGUGAUGUCCGUGUGGGAAGAUUUGCUCAACUUUGUCCUGAGCUCAUGGAUACACUGAUUACUGUCAGGCAGCCCAAGAGAGUCUCCUUUGCUACACAUAUCUGCCACAAAUGUUGUCAGCGCUGUAUCUAUGACCUGGAGACCAGACUUUGUCAUUGUUGGCGGUAAACGGGAAAGGUUGCUUCUUGAUACUGAGAAGUGAAAGCCUAGCAAUAGGUGUUUCAUCAAGGGUACGAGUGGUUUCCUUGCAUAUAUGCGUGUUUGGUGCUUGUGGAGGUCAGACGAAGGAUUGGAUUCCCUAGAAUUGAAGUUACAGGUGGCUGUGAACUACCGUGUGCAUCUGGGAAUCUAACCUGGGUCCUCUGUAGGAACAGGUGCUCUUAGCACCUACUGCUAAAGUUCAUGUAUUUCUUCUAUGUAUAGUUCUGUCAGUUCUGUUCCUUUAACUCUGAGAGAAUCCUGACUAAUCAAAGGCAGGCAGACCUUGUCUUCUCUUCUGCCUGGGUGUCGGUUAUGUCCCACUGUGGGUCUGCUUAGUGCUAGUGCCUCUGUGUACAAAGUUCAGCCUAAAACGAGCACUGCAUUCCUAUGAGGGUUUGGGGAAUAGUCAAGGCGUUCUAUCUAGUACAUUUGUACUGGGAGGUCACAGAUACAAGCCACAUAGCUUGCUCCCUUUCUGUCUCUUUCAUAGUUGUAUAUUGCGUAGGCUGGCCUUGAAAUCCACCUGCCUUAACCUACACGCAGAGAUUUCUGAAGUAUGUCAUGGUAAAUCACAUGUCUGUGGGGUGCUAUUUGAUGCUUCCAGCCCUCUGGCUGUCCCUAAGCAUAAAGGUCUCCAGCAUAUGGACAAAUGUCCCUGUCUUGUCUUAAAGGAUUGAUAGACUUUAAGAACUGUAUUGUAAAUGUCUGGAGUAAACCUGUUUUGUUAAUGAGUGCCUAAGUCUACCCAUUGCAC